UUAUAUAUUUACCAAAACAAAAUUGAUGAAAAUUCGUGAAGUUAGGUGUUAUCCCGUGAGUAACUUAUGAUUGAGUGAUGGCGAUAACUGACGCACAUAGUCGAGUAAUUUUCAGACUCAUGCCAAAAUCAAUACAAUGCACAUUUGAUAGAGUACAGUGCAAUGGAAGGGCAGCACCACUGCAGACAACCCGAUGCAUUACUUGACCCUUCGGUACCACCACGAUUACACAUGUGAUACAACCCUGUUUAUAAAUAGUGUCUGAUGAUUGAAGUGAUAAUAAAAAAAUGUUUGUGGAGUCGAUGACAACCCAUUACGAGUGAUAAUGACAGCUAAUUCGGAACCGGAUUGGAGCGUGGCUAGAAGGGGUCUUGCCCUUUUCCUGAAUAAUAAGCCUGAUGAAACGGAAGUACUAUUUGCUGAUAGAAAGCAUAGCUUCCAUGUGAAAACAGCUCGCUGCUACAUGCUUUUCAUGAAUGCACUUAUGACUUUUGAAGACGAAAAAUUCCAGCUGGCCAUGAAGUUAUUGAAAGAAACAGAAAGAGAAUGUGUUGGAGACGUCGGAUGGUUGAAGAGUGUUACUAAUAAAGUCUUUGGAUCGGCGACGACUGAUGAUGACUACGGGAGAAAACUGGAGAAACAAAUUGUCCUGGCAGACACCCAAGUGUGUACCGCAAUGCUGGUUCUUCUUCAGCAGGAAGUUAGUAGUUAUGUACGAGGUGGAUGGAUGAUGAGGAAAGCGUGGAGGAUUUAUCAGCACACGUACUGUCAAAUUCUCCAGCUCUACAGGCGAACAUUCGGCAUUAAUCCAUCCGGAUUCAACGGCAACUGCACAAAUAAUGAAAAUGGACUUCUCACCUCUCGAUAUAGGAGUUCAGAGUGGUCCCUUGGCUCCUACCACAGCACUACUUCCACAUCCCCUCCGAUACUAUCGCCUUCUUCCAUUAAGAAUUCAUUGUCAAUGAUAUUUUCCCUCACGGGGAUGACGAAUCAGCCAGAGAAUAAUUUUGUAGAGCCAGCGGAAGUGAUACGUCUGAUGUCAGCCGUCAGUUUCGGUUAUGGAAUUUUUCAAUUAUGUGUCAGUCUUGUGCCGCCGUCACUUUUGAAGCUGAUCCAUUUUUUGGGAUUCGAGGGGGAUAGACGAGCAGGAUUGACAGCUCUAAUGUAUGCAAGGCUGAGCGAAGAUAUGCGUGCACCACUUGCUACGUUAUCUCUGUUAUGCUAUCACACAAUAGUCAGACCAUUCUGCUCACUCCACGAUUGGAAUAUUAAAUCCGGAGUUGACGCCGCCAAACAAUUAAUCAGCGAGUGCCAGCAGGAUUAUCAGAAUGGAGGCCUUUUUUUAUUUUUCUCAGGUCGCACGGAACGCCUUCAGUCAAAUAUUGAUGCAGCUCUUGUCGCAUACGAGAAAGCCAUGUGCUCAUCAGCUCAACGAGAAAUUCAACUGCUCUGUCUUCACGAAGUUGCUUGGUGCUACGUCAUCCGCUUGAAUUAUGCAAAAGCUUACCAAUCCUUCACCAGACUCCAACACGACUCCAGAUGGUGCGAAAGCAUUUAUGCGUACCUAGCUGCUGUGUGUUCUGGAGCGAGUGGUGAAUCUGAUGACGUGCUCAGGACUUUCAGGGAAAUUAAUGCUAUGAUUUCCGGUGAAGGAAAAAUCACCCAGUUGGAUACGUUUGUUGCGAGGAGAGCGGUGAAGCUAGUGGCCCAGAAUGAGGGUGUUUAUACACCUGCCUAUUACAAACUCUUGGUUUAUGAACUGCUUUAUCUCUGGAACGCUAUGCCCUCGUGUUCUGUCGAUUCAUUGGAGAACGUGAUAGCCGAAUGUAAAAAUAGCCAAAAUGAUGAACCCAUGUUGGGCUUGGCCUGCCUGAUAGCAGGCGCUUCCUACUCUUAUCUCGGGGAGCAAGUGUUGGCUAUAAAAUAUUUUAAAAAUUGUUUGAAACUCCGUGCCCCCCACUGUGAUUCCGAGGAUCAACACAUCAGUGCUUUUGCACUCUACGAACUUGGAAGCACAUUGUGCAAAUCAAACUCAAUUCCGGAAGGUGUAAGUGCACUGCUGAAAGCACAAUCACAAUACAAAGAUUACGAUUUUGAAAGUCGCCUGAGUGUGCGAAUACACUCGGCCCUCAAAGCCCACUCACAAUAACGUGUGAAACUGACAAGUCAUUUCACCAAUGUACUCACUUGCCUUUCAUCCUGAAAUGAACAUUAAUCUAAAUUAUAUUUUGCCUGUACCACAUUAAAUCUAGUCCAAUCAACCAGAAUAAUGUGAAAUUAGUGUAACAUGUGUCUUUUUCCAAUGUGGAAAGAAAUUCCCGUUCAGAUAAUAAAAAGAAUUCCUGAUUGAUAA